UUGUCAGUUCACUGUUUCCCGUCGAGCGGUCGGACCUAGCUGCAGUUUCACACACCAAAAUGGCGUCACGGGAUGAUUCGGUGAGGGAGUUUGUUGCAGUUACCGGUGUUGAGGAGGAGAGAGCCCGUUUUUUCCUCGAAUCGGCUGGCUGGGAUUUGCAGCUCGCCCUUGCCAGUUUCUUUGAGGACGGAGGAGAUGAUGAUAUUGUGACUCUUCCUCAGCCAGAAAGCGGCCUUGCGCCUCGAUCCUCAGGACCAAGUGAACACAGAGUGACUUCCUUCAGAGACUUGAAGCAUGAAGAUGAAGAGGAGAGUGAUGAAGAAGGUCAGAGGUUCUUUGCUGGUGGUUCAGAACGCAGUGGUCAGCAGAUUGUUGGUCCACCCAAGAAGAAGAGCACAAAUGAGGUGGUUGAGGACUUGUUCAAGGGUGCUAAGGAGCACGGUGCUGUUCCAGUUGACAAAGCAGGCAAAGGACACGGAGAGUCUAGCAGAGCUAAGGCAUUUGUAGGAGGAGGAUAUCGUCUGGGUGUAGCACCAGAUGAGGAGUCUGCCUUUGUGGCUGGAGAGAGGAGAUCCUUAGGCAGUUCUCAAGAUGUACAUGUGGUGCUGAAGCUGUGGAAGACUGGAUUCAGCCUUGACGAUGGAGAGCUGAGAAACUACAACGAUCCUGGGAAUGCUCUCUUCCUGGAGUCCAUCCGCAGGGGGGAGAUCCCUCUGGAGCUGAGGCAGCGCUCUCGUAGUGGGCAGGUGAAUCUGGAUAUGGAAGACCACAGGGAUGAAGACUUCAACAAACCCAAGCUUGCCUUCAAGGCUUUUACUGGGGAGGGUCAGAAACUGGGCAGUGCCACUCCAGAAUUGGUGUCUGUCCCUAGAAUGGAUCUGGGAAAUCAGGCUGCGAGUGAGGCUCAGGCCUGUGCGUCUAUCAACCUGGACGAGUCGCAGCCCGUCACCAACAUACAGAUCAGACUGGCUGAUGGAGGACGACUGGUGCAGAAGUUUAACCACACCCACAGGGUCUCUGAUAUACGCCAGUUCGUGGUGAACGCUCGACCAGCCAUGGCUGCAACAGAGUUUGUCCUCAUGACGACUUUCCCCAACAAGGAGCUGACGGAUGAGAGUCAGACGCUGAAAGAGGCCAACCUGCUGAACGCGGUCAUUGUACAGCGGCUAAAGUGAUGGCGCCUUCUAGUGGCUAUGUUUUAUCACAGCACUCUGAGUUUCCUACUCAACAGGGGACACAAGGACUUGAGGACUUCUCAUUAAUUUUUUUUUCAUUCGUGAUAUUUUUCUCUUUGGCAGUUUGUGAUGUUGCAGUUUGCAUAUGACAGAUGGUGUUGCAGUUUUGCAUAUGCAGUUUGCAUACGACAUAAUAGAGUUUGGGGGGAAAUUAAAAAGUAAUUCCUAUCAAAUGCUUUAAUGGAAGGAGAGAAGAAUAAAGUUUCCCAACAAACCAAUUAAACCGAAACUGAAAAUAAAGCGCUUUCUAAGAGUUUUCACCUCAAUGUUUUUACCUCAAUAUUUCUUAAGCAGUUCUACUGUUUUUUUUUUAUUUCAACUUAUUGUCUCUUUUCUGAAUGCAAGCUUGUCUCUCACCAUAAACUCCAGUCUCAACUCAUAAUACCUUUAGCCUUACAACCCAACACCCACUUCAGUGGACAUCAAAUUGAAUUGCUUCAGUACAAAGCUGAUGGUUGUUAACACUAAAAUAGUUUAUUUUAAAUUGACAAAUGCACCUUAUCUGUCUUGUUGCCUGAUUAAAUAUGCUAUCAAGAUAAAGUAGCUGUUUCAGAGUCGGCUUUGCUGUGCUGUUUAAACACAUCGGCAGCUAUGAUGUAUUCUAUGCAGCCACUUGUAGAAGUUGGAGACACUGCGUGGUUGUGUGGUAAUUCUGUGAUUAAAAUCUCUCUGUCUACCA